AUGACCAAAGAAACCAUUAGGGUCGUUUUAUGCGGUGAUGACGGUGUUGGUAAAACGAGUUUAAUCGUUUCGUUGGUAAAGGGGAGAUUUAUAUCUAAUCUACAAGAUGUGCUGCCACCUGUUACAAUUCCGAGAGAUUUUUCUUCGAGCCCAUAUUCACCCAAGAGUACAAUCUUAGUUGAUACCAAUAAUGCUAAUCCUACUACUCUACAGAGGGAAUUGAAAAAUGCGGAUGUCAUAUGGUUGGUCUAUAGUGAUCACGAAUCAUAUGAAAGGGUCUCACUGUAUUGGAUGAUGACAUUUAGGUCUCUGGGAUUGAAUUUACCAGUGAUAUUGUGUAAGAAUAAAUGCGAUGAAUAUGGUGAACACAGUGCAAGUGCUACCGCAGAUACAAAAGUGGAAGAUGAAGAAUUUAUACCUAUACUUAUGGAAUACAAGGAAGUGGAUACAUGUAUUAAGACAAGUGCUCGGACACAGUUCGAUGUAAACCAAGCUUUCUAUCUGUGUCAAAGGUCUAUAACGCAUCCAAUAGCACCGUUAUUUGACGCUAGAGUCGGUGAAUUGAAACCGUUAGUGGUACAAGCGCUGAAGAGAAUAUUUUUACUUUCAGAUAAAGAUCAAGAUAAUUAUUUAAAUGAUGAAGAGAUUACAGCACUGCAAAGGAAAUGUUUUGGGAGAAGCAUCGAUAUCAAUGAAUUGAAUUUUAUUAAAAAGACAUUGUUAGAUAUUUCACUACCAUCACAGGAAUACGAUGGCUACGUGCUUUAUGAACCGGAAAAAGGUAUUACAAAGGAUGGAUUCUUAGUGCUAAACAAGAUAUAUGCUGAGAAAGGUAGACAUGAGACUACCUGGGGGAUUUUACGUGCAUUUCAAUACACGGAUUCACUGUCUAUUAUGGACAAAGCUCUUUAUCCCAAAUUAAACAUUCCUGAGACUUCAAGUAUCGAAUUAAGUCCCAAAGGUUAUAGAUUUUUGGUGGAUUUAUUCCUAAGGUUUGAUAUGGAUAAUGAUGGUGGAUUAAAUGAAAAUGAACUGACCUUUUUGUUUAAAUGUACACCAGGUCUGCCGAAAUUAUGGUCGGAAACCAACUUUCCUUACUCUACUGUGGUUAAUUACCGCGGAUGUAUCACUCUACAAGGUUGGUUGGCACAAUGGAGUAUGACUACAUUCCUUGAUUAUAAGAUUACUACAGCAUAUCUGGUAUAUUUUGGAUUUGAAGAAGAUGCUAGAGUUGCUUUACAAAUUACGAAACCUCGUAGAAUGAGAAGAAGAGCGGGAAGAUUGUACAGAUCUUCGGUUGCAGAUCGUAAAGUAUUCAACUGUUUCGUCGUGGGUAAUCCCAAGAGCGGUAAGAGCUCGUUGUUAGAAUCCUUCUUGGGGAGGCCAUUUGCAGAAACUUAUUCACCUACAUUAAGACCACAGAUGGCUGUUAACAGUUUAGAAUUGAAAGGCGGGAAACAAUACUAUCUAAUUCUACAAGAAUUUGGUGGUCAAGAGAAUGCAAUCUUAGAGAAUCGAGAUAAGAUUAAAAAAUGUGAUGUUAUGUGCUUGGUUUACGAUUCUAGUGAUCCUGAAUCCUUUUCAUAUCUGGUAGAUCUAGUCAAUACCCAUGAAAGUUUACAGGACUUACCGAUAGUUUUCGUAGCACUCAAGGCUGAUUUGGAUAAAGUACAACAGAGAUGUUACAUCCAACCCGAUGAAUUUACAGAACAACUGUAUAUGGAUCAUCCAUUACACAUAUCCUCCACAUGGCCCAGUUCCUUAAACGAAUUGUUUAUAAAGAUUACUGAAGCUGCUUUGGUUCCCGGUAGAAACACGCCAGGAUUCCCACCAGAAUCCAAAGUUAAUGAUACAGACUACAAGCAAGCUAUAAUGAUAGUUGGUUCAACUGUUGGCUUCAUUUCGCUAUUGACUUUUACGAUGGUGAAAUUGUUAAAGCCAUUCAAAUACAGGCGAUAG